UUGACCAAAACAUCCAUGUCAAUUACUCGAAAUGCCCACUCUCUCCUUCGCCGUCUUCUUCUUCACCUAUCAGUCUCCCAUUCUUUGGACUCGAUUAUGACCAGUACUUCUCUCUCAGUCCCCUGGUCCUCUCCUUUCCUUCCGUCACGCUCCGGCCACGCGUUGCCAAUACACUUUCCUUUCGCUUUCUCUUCGCCACACACUCCAUCGCACUCUCCACUUCACUCCUCUCUGAAAUUCGGUCGUCGGGAAAAUCUCCAACAGCCGUCCCUGGUGGCGUCCGUGAUGGAUCAAGCGACUCCAUUUGAACUAAGAGACAGAGACGAUUUCGAGAAACUAGUCUCGCCCGAUGGUCUCAUCUCCAUUUCCGGCUUCGGUUCUCUCCUCUCCGAGAGAAGCGCGAGGAGUACGUUUCCCGAUUUGAUAAAUUUCAGGGUUGGGAGAUUGAACGGAUUCCGACGCGUCUUCGCUCACGUGGCUCCCAUUUUCUUCGAGCGUGGUAUAGCCAAACCUGAAACCAAGGAAAUAUCAAGCUUGAGCGUGGAGCCUUGCCAAGGAGAAAGGCUCAUAGUCACAGUCUUUGAGAUUAAAAAAUCAGAGAUUCCAGCUUUUAUUGAGAGGGAGCUCGAGUUUCGAUUUCUUGCUGUUGUGCCUGAAACUCUUGAUGGGAAGCCAUUUGAUUGUCCUGCAGUUGUCUGCGCUCGGUAUAGUGACGAGGAGUUUUUCCAAAUUAGAUGCAAAGGGAGCCAGGAGAUCUAUAAUCAGCAGUAUGGACGUUACAACAUUGAUAGGAUUUGGAGAGAUGACAUCUUACCUUGUCGUGCUUAUCUUCGGCACUGUGUCUUAGCAGCCAAAAAUCUCAGUGAUGCAGCAUAUGACAACUUCUUGGAUCAUACAUUCCUUGCUGACCGUAAAACAACAAUCGGCCAAUAUUUGGCAACAACAGGUUGUGGCAUCAUGAAAGAGGAACCCCCAGAGUCCCUCAAGACACGUUAUGGUGGCUGACCUUCUUAAUAAAUCAACAUGUAGGACUAGGAGACAUGCUCGAGAGUUUAUUGUAAAUUCUCAGAGCCAAAGAUUCAUGCUGUAUUUGUUUUUGGCUUGGACAGAUGAGUAGCCUGUGAUGAUAAUUAUGUAACUGAAACAAUUAAUUAUGCAUUUGUUAAAACACUUAAAACACUUAAAA